UUUACCACGUGCCCAGCCAAACUUUGGUUUAGUUUUCCACAAUUUCUACUCCUGAUAUUCUCACUCACUAAGACCUUUGAAAAAAAGGAGAAACCCAUUUCUUUUUUAUUAUAAUCAUCCAUGAUCAUAACAUAAGCAUAACUACUCUCAUUGAUAUGGUUGGUCCUUGUUCAUUUGCCACUUCAUAUCUUUUUAUAAGUAUUACUAGAGUAUAAUUUUAAAAAUUUUAAAGAAAUACAUGAAGUUUUUAGAUUGCUAUUGGCUGAUAAUCAAGGAAUACUUGAUAUUUCAUUGACUGGCUAGACCUCCGUUUUUAACCAUGCCCCAUAGGACAGUUAAGUAAUUUUCUACUCUAGAAAAGGUGUUGAACCAAAUGAAAUAUUAUUUCCUAUCAUCUAAAAUGGGUUAGAUACAUACUUUAUCCUACCCUCUGACUCAUACAUAACCUUAAGUAGAGUUGUUGAAAGAAAACUGAAGAAAUGACAAAGAAACAGUUGCUGAAUGGGAAAAAGAUCAACUUCACUUCUAGUUACAUAGCUAAACAGAGCUUUUUGCCCAUGAAAAAGAAGCUCUCUGGGAAUUCUUAAAACACGCCUCUGGACUAUGUUUGGUCAUAUUUGUGUGUGCUUAUCUUGAUUGUCUUAAUGAACAGUUAGGUAAUUUGAACUACAUUGCUGGAUUGCUAGCAUUGACUUUAGAACAUAUGUCUAAAAUAUUGGGUCUGUCAACAAAUAUUAUAGCCAACCUGCUCUUUAGAGAAAAUGGUGUGGAUUCAGUGUGACUUUUGAGUAUGUAGAUUUAUUUUGGGAAAGACAUAGGAAAUUUUUUCUGGACUCUGACAAUCUCACUUUUGGAAAAUCCCUAGAAUGUUAGAUUGAUCCUGGGAUUAACUAAUGGAUCUGAGUUAGAUCUAGGUGGUCCUAGAAGAUUUCAUAUGUAGUGGGCUGUAGAACAUCCCACAUGUCCCAUUCUUGAGAAUUACUACUUGGCUUUCUCAUGUAUAUGGCUCUUCUUGAGCCUUCUGAAGAGAAUAGGAUAGUAGAGGGAAGGAGAACUAAAUUUGCCCUAUCUUAUUUACUUCAGUGUUAAGUUUUAUGUUUGGUUCCUGUCUCUACAGCACCGUAAAAUUCCAUACUAGGGGUACAUGGGUGCUCUGUUAAAUAUUGAAGAUGCUUUACUUUGACCAUAAGAAUAUUUGAAUUUUGGAUUCAGCUAGUAGUAUGCUAGUGACUUUUCCAGAGUCAGUGAAAACUUUAUAAAAUAGGUAUAACUAACACAGUUUACUAAUGUUUAUUAGGCAUUUUUCCAAAAUUUAACAGAAGCACAUUUACUUACCAUCAGUGAUGUCAUUUAUAUGUUAAUGACUCUUGGCCAUGAGGAGCUCACAGUGAACAUAAAACAGAUGAUAGUAUUUCUGCUGCCAGCACUUCUGAUGUCCAAGAUCGCCUCUCAGCUCUUGAGUUACGAGUUCAACAACAAGAAGAUGAAAUCACUGUGCUGAAGGCAGCUUUGGCUGAUGUUUUGAGGCGUCUUGCAAUUUCUGAAGAUCAUGUGGCCUCAGUGAAAAAAUCAGUCCCAAAUAAAGGCCAGUCAAGCCUUCGAGAAGCUAUCUCCAUGUCCUGUAUAACCAAUGGAAGUAGUGUAAACAGAAAACCAAGUCAUGCCAGCUCUGUUUCAAUUGCAAGAAAAGAAACUCUUUCGUCUGCUGCUAAAAGUGGUACAGAAAAAAAGAAAGAAAGACCACAAGGACAGAGAGAAAAAAAAGAGGAAUCUCAUUCUAAUGAUCAAAGUCCACAAAUUCGAGCAUCACCUUCUCCCCAGCCCUCUUCACAGCCUCUCCAAAUACACAGACAAACUCCAGAAAGCAAGAAUUCUACUCCCACCAAAAGCAUAAAACGACCGCCAGCAGCUGAAAAGCCACAUAAUUCAUGGGAAAACUCAGAUGACAGUCGUAAUAAAUUAUUGAAAACAGUUUCAACAUCAAAAUUAAUAUCAAAAGUUAUAAAAAAUACAGAAAAGCAUAAAGAUGUCAUCAUUAACCAAGCAAAAAUGUCAACCCGUGAAAAAAACAGCCAAGAAGGAGAAUAUAUUAAAAUGUUUAUGCGAGGUCGACCUAUUACAAUGUUUAUUCCUUCUGAUGUUGACAACUAUGAUGACAUCAGAACAGAACUGCCUCCUGAGAAGCUCAAACUGGAGUGGGUAUAUGGCUAUCGAGGAAAGGACUGUCGAGCUAAUGUUUACCUUCUUCCUACGGGGGAGAUAGUUUAUUUUAUUGCAUCAGUAGUAGUGCUAUUUAAUUAUGAGGAGAGAACUCAGCGACACUACCUGGGUCAUACAGACUGUGUGAAAUGCCUUGCUAUACAUCCUGACAAAAUUAGGAUCGCAACUGGACAGAUAGCUGGAGUGGAUAAAGAUGGAAGGCCUCUGCAACCCCAUGUCAGGGUGUGGGAUUCAGUUAGUCUAUCCACACUGCAAAUUAUUGGACUUGGAACUUUUGAGCGUGGAGUAGGAUCCCUGGAUUUUUCCAAAGCAGAUUCAGGUGUUCAUUUGUGCAUUAUUGAUGACUCCAAUGAGCAUAUGCUUACUGUAUGGGACUGGCAGAAAAAAUCCAAAGGAGCGGAAAUAAAGACAACAAAUGAAGUUGUUUUGGCUGUGGAGUUUCACCCAACAGAUGCAAAUACCAUAAUAACUUGUGGUAAAUCUCAUAUUUUUUUUUGGACCUGGAGUGGCAACUCACUAACAAGAAAACAGGGAAUUUUCGGGAAAUAUGAAAAACCAAAAUUUGUGCAGUGUUUAGCAUUCUUGGGAAAUGGAGAUGUUCUUACUGGAGACUCAGGUGGAGUCAUGCUUGUAUGGAGCAAAACUACUGUUGAGCCCACACCUGGGAAAGGACCCAAAGGUGUAUAUCAGAUCAGCAAACAAAUCAAAGCUCAUGAUGGCAGUGUGUUCACACUUUGUCAAAUGAGAAAUGGGAUGUUACUAACUGGAGGAGGGAAAGACAGAAAAAUAAUUCUGUGGGAUCAUGAUCUGAAUCCUGAAAGAGAAAUAGAGGUUCCUGACCAGUAUGGCACAAUUAGGGCUGUUGCAGAAGGAAAGGCAGAUCAGUUUUUAGUAGGUACAUCACGGAACUUUAUUUUGCGGGGAACAUUUAAUGAUGGCUUCCAAAUAGAAGUACAGGGUCAUACAGAUGAACUUUGGGGUCUUGCCACACAUCCCUUCAAAGAUUUGCUGUUGACAUGUGCUCAGGAUAGGCAGGUGUGCAUGUGGAACUCUAUGGAACACAGGCUGGAAUGGACAAGGCUCGUAGAUGAACCAGGACACUGUGCAGAUUUUCAUCCAAGUGGCACAGUGGUGGCCAUAGGAACGCACUCAGGCAGGUGGUUUGUUCUGGAUGCAGAAACCAGAGAUCUAGUUUCUAUCCAUACAGAUGGAAAUGAACAGCUGUCUGUGAUGCGCUACUCAGUAGAUGGUACCUUCUUGGCAGUAGGAUCUCAUGACAACUUUAUUUACCUCUAUGUAGUCUCAGAAAAUGGAAGAAAAUAUAGCAGAUAUGGAAAAUGCACUGGACAUUCCAGCUACAUCACACACCUUGACUGGUCCCCAGACAACCAGCAUAUAAUGUCUAACUCUGGAGACUAUGAGAUACUGUACUGGGACAUUGGAAAAGGCUGCAAACUAAUCAGGAAUCGAUCGGAUUGUAAGGACAUUGAUUGGACGACAUAUACCUGUGUGCUAGGCUUUCAAGUCUUUGGUGUCUGGCCAGAAGGAUCCGAUGGGACAGACAUCAAUGCACUGGUGCGAUCCCACAGUAGGAAGGUGGUAGCUGUUGCUGAUGACUUCUGUAAAGUCCAUCUGUUUCAGUACCCCUGCUCCAAAGCAAAGGCUCCCAGUCACAAGUACAGUGCCCACAGCAGCCAUGUCACCAAUGUCAGUUUUACUCACAGUGACAGUCACCUCAUUUCAACUGGUGGAAAAGACAUGAGCAUCAUUCAGUGGAAAGUUGUGGAAAAGUUAACCUUGCCUCAGAAUGAGGUUACGGUGGAUACUACUCUAGCCAAAGCCCCCAUCUCUUCCACUGAAAGUGCUAUCCCAUCUAACACUCCUUCCCAGACCCUAAGUGAGACAGCUGAAGAAGAAAGUAGAAUAAGCAAUUCCCCCACACUUCUGGAGAAUAGCCUGGAUCAGACUGUGGAGCCAAGUGAAGACCACAGUGAGGAGCAGAGUGAGGGGGGCAGUGAAGACCUCGGUGAGCCUGUUGAUGAAGAGCCAGCUAGUGGGGUGAGUGAAAGGCAGAGGGAGCCCACUGUUCCCGAGGACCAGCAGGACACUCCUCCCGUGUCCUGAGACUUGGCUUCAGCACAGCUCUUUCCUCUUUCAGCUGCCUGUGAUUUUGUGAUCAAGUUCAGAUAACAGGAUGAGUGUUGAUCAAGAUUUUGUUUUUCACGUGAUUUUUUCAGUAGUCUUAUCUGCAGUCUCUCAGAUACAACCAACCUAAAGGUUCAGUUCAGUGUGCUUUGAAAAUUUAACCAAGCUGAACAGUAACAGAGGACUGAACAUUAAUUAUGUCUCAGAAAUCACUGUGGUAUGGUGUAAAUACUGGAAACAAAAACAGCAGUUGUAUUGAUUGAAAAUAAACCCCUUGUUAUCUGAACGUGUUUUCUUCAGGAACAACCAGAGGCUUCACAACACUGUUACUCAUCUACUCAGACAGCCAUCUUUUCCCUGAUGCAGAAAAAGGAGAGUAAUGUGCUCUUCCUGCUAUCCUCCCAUCCCAAGUGUCCAAUGGAAGUUUUUAACUCAGCAAAAUUUCAGACUUGCCAAGCGCAGUGAUGUUGCCUUCUUGAAUAAUAGUGCCGUUUUCUUACACUACCGGUAGAUGUGCAGAGUGCUUCUUAGUCUACUCUAGGUGCUGCCUUUUCUAAGUUAGAACAAGGAACAGUCCUUAAUUUCUUGUGUGCAAAUCUUUUUUAUCCUAGAACUAAGGCAGCAUUGGUUUGUUGAAGAGCUUUUAAUGUAUAUUAAACCAUUGAUACUCAGAAAUGCUGGGUUCCUCCAAGGAGUCCUUUACUGGCCUAAACAUUCUAGAACGUUUGGCAUUCAAAUAAAUGUAAGGAAAAAAAAACCGCAUGCCUUUAAAACUAAACUGUAAUAGUUACCUGGCUAAUUUUAGCUUAGCCUUCAUCAUUAUUUGUUCCCUCAGUAGGAAAGAUAUAAACACAGUAAGUUUAAAUGAUUGAAUUGGUGCUUGAAAUUCAUUGGUUUAGUUGUAAUUUUUAUACAAAUUAAUUAUACUGGGGGAUGAUAUUCAGCAAAUGCCAAUUCUUUUUACAGAAGUGUGAAUAAGUCACAGGAAUUUUUUAUAAAUUGCAUAGUUAACAGACUUACGCUAGUUUUUUUCUGAUAAAGUUGCUAUAAGCCUUGCAAAUCUAACGUGGCUAGCUUCUGUUUGGGGCAAUGCAUGUAUUAGUAUUCAUUGAAAAGCUGGGUGUUUUGUUGUUUGUUUUUGUUUUUUGUUUUGUCAAACAACUGUUUUUCUUAAGUACGUUUCCUACUUUAAAAUAAUUACUGACAAAUAUACAUGUCCUCUAUAUUUGUUUAUACUUUGAUUACAAAAUCUUUUUGUUUUAUUUUAACUUGCUGCCUUAUUUUGAUACUUUUUUAUGUUUUUUGGUCGGAUCAUGUUUAGAAACUUUGGAUGAGUUCGGAAGUCUUAAGUCUGCAAGCGUUUACGUGAUUGUGCCAUUCCAAAGUGCAUCAGAACUGUCAUUCCCUUCUAGUAUCUUCUCAGGAGUAAAACGUAUCAGGUAUUUCAUCAUCGUUUGGUAAUAUGAAAACUCCAGGGAACUCCUAAGGACACUUAGCAACAUUUAUAUUCACAUGACAUACGGAAGGAUGUAGAUGUGUCCAGGAGUGAGUGGGAAUACUCUGUGUCUGUGUAUCUCUUGAUAGGAGAUACGUACCAUAUCAAAAAUACUCAGCGUAGAUCUCUGCUUAGGUAUAUGUCUGUGUAUAUCUCUUUUUGUUUACAACUGUUUUUUUUUUUUUAAACAAAACAAAAAACUCAAAAGUAGUUCUCUUCAAAAGAAGAGAUACAGAUUUCCAAGCAACCUGACUUUUUUCAGUAUGUUCUGUACAUAGUCCUCAGCACACCAGUAAGCAUCGGCCAUCUGUAUCCACCUGUGAGUAGUGGGGAUUAAACUGUCAAGUCAGCAUGUACAGUUCGUUCCCUGCAAGUAAAAUACUAGGUGAGCAAGCAGUUCCACGAGAAGAAAGUGUGUUUUUUUUAGGAUGUGGAGGACACACUCUCCAUGAUAAGCAGGGAUUUUGGGGACAUCUGUCACCUUUGGGGUUGCCAUGUACAAUGAGAUUUAUAAUUGUGACAUUCUUGGGUCGCAGUUUCCAAAGACACUACUAAUAAUGCAGAAAGCUUUCCAGCUGGCUAAUGCUGGCAUCUACUGUUUAAUGGUCAGUUAAAUCUGUGAUAAUGGGUGGAAUUAGGAAAUUGUAGAUGUUUUAGAAAAACUUGUGAAUGAAAAUGAAUCCAAGUGUUUCAUGUGAAGAUGUUGAGCCAUUUCUAUCAUGCAUUCCUGUGUCAUGGCAGAAAAUUUUGAAGAUUAAAAAAUAAAAUAAGCAAAAUGUUUCCUUUGUCUUUUUACAUGUGUCUUAGUUCUUCAUUUA